GUCAUUCUGACGACUCGAUAGUUACUGCAAUUGACAUCAAAUCAAAUGGGAAAUUAGCUCUGACUGGAAGCAGUUCAGGAACAUUAUCGCUGGUGAACUUGAAGAGUUAUCGGGUAGUUGAGACGUUCGCAACGACCAAAGCUGGAGUCGGUGUACGUUUGGUUUGCAUAUUGAGUGAUGAGGCUCGUUUUGUAUUUGUUGAUCAGGCAAACAGAGUGGAAUUAAGAGAUUUUAGUAAUAAAGAGGCUGAGUUACUAUUGGAUCAACCAGCUGUUAAAGUGACCUGCAUUACUACUCUUGGUGUAGACUAUGUAUUGCUUGGUUGUGAAAACGGAGAACUGUUAUUGUUUAAUUUACAUUUUAAACAAUAUGAGUGUGAACAUCAAGCUCAUUCCGAAGCCGUUUCUCAAGUUAAAAGCGACGCAUCUAGUUUGCUUCACUUUGUAUCGGGCUCCGCCAGUGGGUGUGUGAAACUUUGGCAUGUGUCGAAAACACGAGAAAGCGGAAGUACAUCACAAAACAUCAAUUCAUUAUUCUGCAGCCUUGGUGGAGCCAAGUUCACGCCUUUGUGGACCGAAGUUUGGUCACAUGACAACGUUUACCCGCAUCCCAUUACCGCCCUAACAUUCGUGCCCGACUCCAAGGACAUCAUGAUUGGGUCCUUCUAUGGCAACAAG